AUGGAUUAAAGCAAUUCCAAUCUCAUCUUAAUAGCUCCAGAACACUCUUAUUCAAUGAAAUUAAUUUAGUGUACAUCCCCUAUUUUAAUAUGUUAGAUUUAAUCAAACAUUUUAACAAUGAUGAAUUAAUAUUUGAUAAGAUUGAUGAAUAGCACCAACAGAUUGGAACUCAACUGUAAUAAUUGACAUCAAUUUAAUAGUUUAAUCAAUACCAAAUACUACACAUGUGAUGUUGGUUUGCAUACAAUAAAUUACAAUUAUUUUAAUUAAGAAAAUGCAUUCGAAAAAUUACAAAAAAUUAAGGUAGAUGGUGUGUUAUUUAUUGUUGAUGCCAACAAUAUGAAUGGGCUGGAUUAGUUCAUUAAUCUGUGUGAUUAAAUUCUCAAUGAAAUCCAACCUGGUCUUUAGGCUAUAAUUUAUAACAGGAAGGAAGGAACCAAAAUAAACUUUGAGUUGUUGGAGAAUGAGGAGAAGAAAUUGGAGAGCUUUGUUGAACAAAUUUAUUUGGACUUGGACAACCCGCCAAUUCAAUAAUAAAUCAAACAGUUAUCUGAGUAAGAGGAUGAGACUCUUGGAUUUCCUAGAAUUAUUGAAAUCAUGGAAUGUAAUACUUGGACAUAUAUGAGACCCAAAUCUUAGGAGAAGAAGGAAAUCACCAGCAAGACUAAAGUGAGUGAAAAGCAGACGUAAGGACUUGAUCAAUUAGAAUAUGAGGACGAUCAAUUUGCUUAAUUAAUCCAUGACAUGACCAAGAUUAGGUGUUUAAUCCUAUCUAUUAUGUAGGACGUCCAAAAUGACAGAUGAGGAGAGGAGGGAAAAGGCUGCCAAUCUCAUGAGUUAGUUAAUGAAUAUGUGUCAGGAUGAUGAUGGGGAUGAUUUGUGA